UGGUCUUUUAUCCCGAAUGUGUGAUUAAAGGAUGUCUAAUGUUUAGGAGAGUGAAAAUCGUGUGUUUUGAUCGAAGUGUCGAACAAAUUUCACUUUAUUACUUUUCUAGCCCUUGCUAGAAAGUGAAGUCAGGCAAAUGAGAGCUUAUCUAGCCUUGUCGUCUCCAGCCCUUUGUUCAUCACCACUCUCCGGUCCCUCACGCGCCACCGCAAGAUACACGCCGACUCUGCUGCAGCGCCGUCGUCCUCUCUUACUCGACAAAGGUACAACCACUUACGGCAGCAGCCUCCUCUCCAAGUUCCACAUCUUUUCUGGUACGACCCUCACUGCUGCGUCUUCUUCAAUCAUGGCCGCUUCGCUCCAUCCUGAACAAUCUAGGGUUCCUCAAGCUAUCAAAUUGCCCACUCCUCCGGUUACUAAGUUUAAGAUCGGCCUUUGCCAGUUGUCUGUGACUUCUGAUAAGGAGAGGAACAUUGUUCAUGCUAGAAGUGCCAUUGAAGAGGCUGCAGAGAAGGGAGCUAAGCUCAUACUUUUGCCUGAAAUAUGGAAUAGUCCAUAUUUAAACGAUAGCUUCCCAAUCUAUGCGGAGGACAUUGAUGCUGGCCCUAGUGCAUCGCCUUCAACAGCCAUGCUUUCUGAAGUUGCUCGUCUUCUAAAGGUCACAAUUAUAGGUGGUUCAAUACCAGAACGAAGUGGGGAUAAGUUGUUUAACACGUGCUGUGUCUUUGACUCUGAGGGAAAGUUGAAGGCAAAACACAGAAAGAUACACCUUUUUGAUAUUGAUAUUCCCGACAAGAUAACUUUUAUAGAGUCUAAGACCCUCACAGCUGGGAAAACGCCUACAGUUGUCGAUACAGAGGUUGGACGAAUUGGUAUAGGCAUUUGUUAUGACAUUCGCUUUCAGGAGCUAGCUAUGCUAUAUGCAUCAAGAGGUGUCCACUUGAUCUGCUAUCCUGGUGCAUUUAACAUGACCACUGGACCCCUUCACUGGGAAUUACUGCAGAGAGCAAGGGCUGCAGAUAAUCAGCUGUAUGUUGCAACAUGUUCCCCUGCUCGAGAUGCUGGAGCGGGAUAUGUGGCAUGGGGUCAUUCCACACUUGUUGGACCGUUUGGGGAAAUAGUAGCUACUACUGAGCAUGAAGAGGCAAUAAUAAUAUCAGAGAUAGACUAUACACAGAUUGAACAAAGGAGGACAAAUCUGCCAUUGGAGAAGCAAAGGCGCGGCGAUCUUUACCAGUUCGUGGAUGUCCAGAGAUUGAAUUCAGCCAGUGAAGUGUUGUCGUUAUGAUUCCAAAAAAUAAAAGAAGAAGAAGAAGAAGGUUUCAUGCAAGAUACAAAGUGUUUAUUGAAAGAAACCAUUGCUCCAACCUGUAUUGACUUUAGAACAUUCAGAAAGGCUAUUAAUCUCCAGGUAACAAUUAUGAUGCCACUAGAGUUAAUAAUAUUCAUUAUCACAAGUUACAAACGACGCAAGGGAGCAGAACUAUGAAAACUUUUCCCCUUAUUUGUUUGUAAAUCUAUUGCAGAUUGUAUUGAUCAUGUGUUUAGUUCUUAAUGCAUCUCCCAUAUUUGUCUAUAAAGAAAGGAUAAAUGGGAUGCUGAUGAUUUCAUAAAUGUUUUAUGAAAUG